AUGAGGUGGAGCAGCUUGUUCAUCACCUAUGGAAAGAAACAGAGGAUCGGAUUAUAUCAGUUUGGGGAAUGGGGGUCAGGCAAGACUGCCAUUGCCAAGAAGCUCUACAACGAGAUGGCCGCCUUUGAUCUGUCGGCAUGGGUUUGCGUUACUCAGAAAUGUGAGACUCGAUCUGUUUGGGAGGAUGUUCUGAAGCAGCUAGAGAAGAAUAGGAGUGUUUCAAGUCUGAGCGACUUUGAGUUGAUAGUGAGACUAUGUGAGAUACAAAGAGAAAAGCGAUGUCUCAUAAUUUUGGAUGAUCUUUGGGAAGUUUCUCAUUGGGAUGAGCUGAAGUAUCCAUUCAUCGUCCAAGAUUCGCAGAGCAAAAUAUUGGUGACCAAACGAAAACAAAAGGUCGCAGAGAUUGGGUUGGCAGUGAAACAUAGGCUUUUACAUAUGGAUGCUGCUUUGGAACUACUCAAAAACAAAGCAUUUCAGCAUGGAAACGUUCCAGACUCUGCAUUGGAAGAAAGAUUUAAAAAAAAUGGGAAAGAAAUGGUGCAGAAAUGUGGGUAUUUGCCAUUGGCAAUUUCUUUAGUCGGUGGGGUUUUGAGAGAGAAAAAAACGAUUGUUGAGUGGGAAUCAGUAAAUGAGCAUAUCAAAGCAGCCAUAUAUGGAGUUGAAGAGCAGAUUGAUGGAGUGCUAAAUUUAAGCUACGAAAGUCUACCGUAUUAUUUGAAGCCUUGUUUUCUCUCUUUGGGUAUUCUUCACGAGGAUGAAACCAUACCUUCUUUGGAUCUAUAUACCAUGUGGAUAGCACAAGGGAUGAUUUCAUAUGAGAAUAUUGGAGACAGGGAUAAAACAUUAAUGGAAAUCGCUCAGUUGUACUUAAGUGAUUUGGACUCUAGAAGUGAAGUUGAGCACGAGCAUACAGUCGCUUGUGGAGAAGAUAUCAGCGAGCAUAUCAGGAGGGAAGUUACCGAGGAAUCACUAAACUUAUUCACCUUAGAAGUUUGCGUUUACAAGAUUGUGAACUUGAUAAGCUACCCUCAUCCAUGA